AUGACUGGUUGGUAUGUGGUGAAAUUCACCAAGGAAAAAAACCUCAUUGAAGUUAUUCCCAGUAACUGGAUACACAAUUUUAAAGAAUGCUUAUGGCCCGAAAAACUGGGAACUCUAAAAUUGCAAGCGACAAUUAAAAAUAGGUCAAGACCAAGCGAUGAUUGGAAGUUACACCCAAUUAAAGUGAUAUCCAAACAAAUGUAUUCCAAUUAUAGUGAUGCUUCAAAAUGUGCUGACAAAACACUUGCUUUAACUUCAUCAGCCUCAGAAACUGAACUAACUCAAAAUCAAUCAAUUAACAAACGAAAAAGAACUUGUAAAGCUGAUAACUAUAAUGGAUUAAGUAGUAGCAGUGAUGAAGAACAAUCAACAGCUCAUAAUAUUCCUGACUUUCCAAAUUUCACUAGUAGUAAGUUAAUAUUGAUAUUUGAUUAUACAUUAUGUCAACCUUAUAACAUCAUACUCAUUAUUCUAUCUCUGGAAAUAGAUGGAGACAUAGUUGAAGAGGGAACAAAAAGCAAUAUAUAUAACAACAAUUACCAUAAUCAAGACUCAUUUGUUAACAAUACCAAUUCACUGAUAGAACAACCAGACAAUUUAAAAGUACAAACGCAAAUCAUGAGGCAAUUAGUUACAUUGAAUGCCAGGAGUAAGGAGCACAGCAAAUAUUUGCACACCAUAUUAAUGAUUUUGAAUGACAUUCAAGAAAAACAAAAAUCAUCGGAUAAUCAACCUGCAACUCCCUCGUCCAUGCUUGAGUUUGAACCGAUAUAUGAAACGCUUCCAGUAACUAAUGAAGAGUCCUUAAAUUUAUUACAACAGGCUCUUACCAAUGAUCAGACUAUGUUUAACAAAACUGUAAAAAUGUUGUCCUUAAUUGGAGGAAGUGACAUUAAAGAGUCAGUGGGGCGGAUAUUGAGAAAACUAAUAUCAAAUGAUUAUGCCAAACAGUUUAGUUAUACUGGUCACAAAAGCUCCAAACAUGCAUUUAACAAAACAAUUUUGUCAUCACUACUUAUAAAAGCUAUACAUUCAACUAGCAAUUUGGCUGAUAAAUCAGUCAAAGAAGUAGAAACCAUAACAAGCAUUUGGCUGAGCAAAGCCAGCGAAAGGGCAAAAAAUAAUAACUAG